GGUCGUGUUGUUUUAAUCACCAAAGGUGCCUCCUCAGGAAAACUUGCUGUUAUUGUUGAAAUCAUUGAUCAAAAACGUGUUUUAAUCGAUGGUCCAGUUUCAGGUGUUCCAAGACAAGCUAUAGCAUUAGCUCACACUACCUUAACUCCAUUAACUGUUAGCAAAUUAACAAGAGGCUCAAGAUCUCCAACUGUUGCUAAAAGAUUCAAAGCUGACGAUAUUGCCAAAAAAUGGGCUGCUACCUCAUGGGCUAAAAAUAUUGCAAAGAAGGAAAGACGUGUUCAAUUAACUGAUUUUGAAAGAUUCCAGGUUUUAAUUUAUAAGAAACAAAGAAAUUUUGCUUCAAAAAAGGCUUUAGCUAGAGCUUAAAUUUAAUUUAUAACAAAUUAUUAAUUGUUUCUAUAUAUUAAAUUUGAAAGAAAAAAUAAAAUAACUUUGUAAUUUAUUCAUGAUUUUUG